AUCGCAGCUCCCGCUUCGCACCUUUCCCAUCUCUCCCUCCAUUCUUCUUCUUCGAGCCUCUCUUUGCCAGCGCCGCGAUGUCUUUCCCCACCUCCGUCUCGACCCCGCCGUCCUCGCCCCUCCGCGCCCGCUUCUCUCGCUCGCCCUCGCCGUCUCUCACAAGCUUCGCCAUCAUGCCCCUCAAGUCCAUGGCCGACGUCGCGAGCCUUAUCGUCCGCCUGCGCCGUCACCGCAAACGCGCUGCGCAGAAUCACAUCCGCAGCGACUCGGGCGACGAGCCCUUCACGGACGCACGGUUCUGGGGAGAGGGGGUGCUUUCCACGAAGCGGGUGCCGCUCGAGCGGGAGGACACGUUUGAGUGCAGAGACGGCGUUGAUGCUGCGAAGCUCGUCCGCCUCGCGCGGGCGUCGCUGUAUGAGGAGGCCCAGCUGAUCGGCGCGAACGUCCUCGUGGAUGAACAGUGGUCGUGUCAUGUAUGCGGCCCGCGGCACGACGGCAGGGCGUUCAAAGUCCAUGUCCACUACUCUGCCUCCGCCGCCCGCUCGGACCGCCCCGACCCGCAGCUGCCACCCUCUAUCGAACGCGCGCGCGGCGUGCCAGGGCUGAUGACCAUUCUCGACCGUCAAGAUUAAAACACCUUACGAGCCGACCACGCCCCCUUGGGCAGCGCCCGCGCAGGCAUUUCCCCGGCUCUCUACGCGCUCUCUACGAAAACUCGUUCACGGUGAUAUAUACGCUCAUUCGGAUGGACUGAACUCUACGGACACUGCCCUAUAAUACUUAUUGACCAACACACUGCUCGCACAAUUUGGCUAAUGAGCUUGUGACUGCAUGUAGUAUCACCUUUUCUCCUACACGGACACUAGGAUCUACGUACAAUGUACUUAUUCGCGGAUAGUAUAGAAGCUACAAAAUCAAACUGAAACAUUUGUUCUACGACUCUGCAGCGCUCCAUGUGCCAAGUUCAUAAUUACAGCUGCC